GAGGAUAUGAAACCAUCACAAAAUGUUGUUACCCAGGCAAACCCGGCGCAAAGCGAGUAUAUAGUCCUCAAACUUCCACCGUUCCCUUCAAAUUCCCUUUCUCGCCUCUAGACUAUUCUCCUUCUUGGUUUUCAGACCGUUUUCCACUUUUUAAUUAAAUCAUGACUAUCAUCCUUACACCGUACUGGUCCAAUGGUGUUCAAAAGCUCAAGAUGGCACCCCAGCCCCCUCCAAAGCCAAAGCAAGGUCUAGCGCCGCCUGUCCUCAAUGACGAUAUUCAUACCGUUCGCUGCCUGGCCCAGUUACGCUCUAAGGAAAUUCCCCUCGAAAAGUACAUCUACCUUUCUGCUCUUAAGCAUGAAAACCCCGACAUGUUCUACAAACUGUGUUUGAACAACAUGGCCGAAUUUACACCAAUUAUAUACACCCCUGUUGUUGGUGAAGCCUGCCAAAAAUGGUCAGCUAUCUAUCGUCGUCCGGAAGGGAUGUACAUAUCUAUCAAGGACAAAGGGAAGAUUGGUUCUGUUCUGAAGAACUGGCCCAAACUUGACGAAGCCCGAAUUGCCGUGGUGACCGAUGGCUCUCGCAUUCUCGGUCUAGGAGAUCUUGGUGUCAAUGGGAUGGGUAUCUCGGUUGGAAAACUUUCACUAUAUGUUGCUGGAGCAGGAAUUCGUCCUCAUUCGACCGUCCCCAUCUGCUUAGAUUUUGGAACCAACACCCAGAAAUACCUUGAUGAUCCGUUAUACAUGGGUCUUCGCCAACGUCGUAUAGGAGACGAGGAGAUGAUCGAAUUCAUGGAUGAGUUCAUGCACGAGAUUUCCGCAGCUUUCCCUAAGCUACUCAUUCAAUUCGAAGACUUCUCAACGGACCAUGCUUUCAUGUGGCUAGAGAGGUUCAGGAGUAAAUACCCACUCUUUAACGACGACAUUCAGGGAACCGGCGCUGUCGUACUGAGUGGUUUCAUCAACGCCGCUAAACUUUCUUCGGCAGCAUCAGGAAAACCUUUAACUUCUCAUAGAAUUUUAUUCUUUGGUGCAGGCUCUGCAGGGGUUGGGGUCGCUAUGCAACUGAUGAGUUUCUUCACUAUGCAAGGCCUGUCGGAGAAGGAAGCCCGGGAACGUAUUUGGUUAGUUGACUCUCAGGGCCUCGUUUUCGACGCCCGUGGACCUAUGGCGGAACACAAGAAAUACUUCUCUCGUAGAGAUUAUGCUGGUCCGCCAAUCAAGGACCUUCUUGAUAUCCUGGAAUACGUGAAGCCCACCGCUCUCUUGGGCCUUUCGACCAUAUCAAAUGCUUUCCACGCGGGGGUUAUCGAAGCUAUGGCAGCGUUGAAUCCACGCCCUAUUAUUUUCCCUCUCUCCAACCCUGUCAACCUCUCGGAAUGUAGCUUCCAAGAUGCGGUUCAACACACCGACGGACAGGUCUUGUUUGCUUCUGGUUCACCAUUCCCAGAGAUGGAGUGGAAAGGAAAGAUGCUUUAUCCUGGUCAGGGGAAUAACAUGUACAUCUUCCCCGGUCUCGGUCUCGGCGCUAUUUUAGCUCGAGCGACGUCGGUCACCGAUACGAUGGUCGAAGCCUCAUCCCUUGGUCUGGCCGAAUCAUUAACCCCGGAUGAACGUAGUGUCGACUUGCUUUACCCUAGAAUUGAACGAAUUCGUGAAAUUGGUGCAUUUAUCGCCAAAGAAGUAAUCCGAGCUUCCCAGAAUGCUGGCGUUGAUCGAUCCCCUGACCUUCGUUCAAUGUCUGAUGAAGAGCUCCUGGCGUUCGUCUACUCCAAAAUGUGGAGUCCGAUGAUUUGAUUAAUGAUGUUAUCGUGUUGUCUGUUCAUGUAUCUUCCGUUUUAUAGGGUAAUAUUAAUUGCACGUAUGUGUUUGUAGAAGGAAUCAUAAUCUGGAUGUUUUUGGCUGUCCGGGGA